AUGUCCUUCCCAACCCUUGAUUCACAUCUUGCGGAAAUGUUAAAUUUUUUGAGAUGGAAUUUCCCUGCCAAUAUCAAAUCUGCUAAACACAUCCCUCAUAACAUCUAUGUUAGCUCUCAUGAUUAUUUCAUCAAUACUACUCAUGAGAAGGAAGACACUUCUAUGGGCAUUUCUGAAAUUAAUGAAGACAUUCCUCAAGAUACUUCUCAAAAUAACUCAUUUAUUUCAAAUUCACCUGCUAUAAUUCCUGAUUUAGCUGAAUCUGAGUCUCUAGAUCCUAAUACCUUUGUAUCACCUAUUACAAUCUCUGAUCACCAUUCUCUAACAGAUAAUCCUGUUCCUAUUGCUAUUAGAAAGUCUAGUAGAAAUGCUCCACCUCCUGCUCAUUUAAAGGACUAUGUUUGUAGUUCCACUAUCACCUCAGCAUGUCAGUAUCCUAUUCAAUAG